AUGGCGACGGCGACGACCCCUCCGCCCUACGAGGGCUCGUCCACCGCUCCCGCUGUCGCGCCGCUCUCUUCUCUCUCCGCAGCUUCUGCUCAUCCGCAAGCUCGCUCGUCGACGGCCUUGUCGACAGGCGACCCGUCAUCAUGCGCUCCUCCUCCAGCUCGAACCCAGUCUCAGCCCCCUUCGAUUAUACGACGGCGCUUUCGCUCAACCUCCAACCUUUCCGCCGAAAAGACGACCUCUUCGGCCUCGGCCUCUCCCGACUCAGCCGCCGCCGGUAAUGCUGCCGCUACAGCAGCCUCGGCCUCAGCCUUAUCCUCAGCCUCGUCGUCGUCCAUGCCCACGCCUCCUAUGCCGUCCAUGCUUCAGCCCCGCGUCGCCGUCGUCCUAAACGUCCCGAAACCGUGGCAUCCAUGGCUCUUUGCCUUGCGCCUAGCCUCUGUCCUACCGGCUCUGUGGUGGGGGUUGCCGUCGCUAUUACGAUUGUUGAUACACUUCUUGCCAGGGCCACCGGACCAAUUUCAGCUCGUGAGGCCGCUGAGCGGGAGCUGCGAUCCCAGCGGCCAUGACCCUCUGCAGGCGUCUGCUCUCUCGUCUUUGUGCGCUGGAGAACAACAUGGCAGCGGGACAGCAGCUAUGAUGGCGGCGGCUCCUUAUGCCAUUACCGAGACGGCCUUGGCUACUAUUUGGUGCUUCGCCUGCGGCUACCUGGCCUUCUUCUUCACCGACUGUCUCAUGUCUCGAUGGCUCAUCCACUAUACUCCUCAGGCCACCAUAGUGCGCCUCCUAUCCAUCAAUGCCGUCAAUGCCUACCUCACCCUCACGGCGCUGUCCCUGACUGGCGGAUUCCAAGACCCACGGCUGCUGCUCCCUGGCUGGGUCAGCAUAGCCACAGUAUGGACCUUCCAAGAGCCCAUGAACAAGUGCGCGACGUUGACCAUUUGCCCCCCACAGACGCUUACCAUAUGCUAUCACGUAACGCACCAAAAGAUCAAUAUCCGAAAGGAGACGUCGACAUCGGUCAAUGUCUUCUCCAUAGCCAGUUACAUCACCAUGAUUGUGCUGCUGGCCCACAUGCAGACCUACCAAAGCGAUUACCCCAUCAUGCCCGUGGUGUCGAAAGGCAGCCACCUUUGGGAAGAGGGCAAACACUUGAUAGCCCAUGCGAAGGCUCUGAUUCACGAAUACGCCGAGCGAUAA